CCAGUAUGCCUGGUCUGCAGGGAGACGUGGGCUAACGUUCGUUGGCUACGGCUAUUGGGGAAGUUUGCGCUUCAAAUACUUUGCCAGCUGCUCGCUAACGUGAGAUGUCGAUGAGGACAAAUUUACAGAUACAUUUUUACUUUGCAAAGAACUGGCCAACCAUGCUGCCGGAGAUGAGAUAUUCAGGGUGACAGAUGAAUACUUGAGGAACAAUAAUCUUGAGAUAUACCAGAUGAUGUCUCAGCGACAGGGCGCUACGUUGGCGUGGAUCGCGCCGCUGCUCCUGCUCUCGCUAGGCUCCGCCGUCACGGGCAUCCAGUACCAGCUGGCCGAGGAGAAGCCGCCCAACACGCUGGUAGGCAGCCUGGCGUCGGACCAGGGCCUGCCGGACACGGAUCACCUCUACUAUCUGGAGGUGGGCAGCCCUUACCUGCGCGUGGACGGCAAGACCGGGGACAUCUACACCACCGAGGUCCCCAUCGACAGGGAGACCCUGAAGGACUGCCGCUACCUGUUCGAGGGUGACCCCUGCUACCUGGAGUUCGAGGUGUCCAUCACCAACCUCAUCACAGGCCAGAGCCCGCGCCUGAUCGAGGGUCGCAUCGAGAUUCUGGACCUGAACGACAACACGCCGCAGUUCGCCUCGCCGAUCCUCUCGCUGUCCAUCCCUGAGAACACGCAUGUGGGCACGCUCUUCCCCAUCCCCAUCGCCACCGACAAGGACUCGGGCUCCAACGGUAUCGCCGACUACUCGCUGACCGCUCCGUCGGACGCUGCCAGCCUCUUCAGCCUGCAGGUGGCGCAGGACAGGGAGGAGAAGCUGCCGCAGCUCAUCGUCCUGGGCAACCUGGACCGCGAGGCGCGCGACUCCUACGACCUCAGCAUCAAGGUGGUGGACGGAGGGCAGCCGCCGCGCUACAGCAGCGCCCUGCUGCGCGUCGCCGUCACCGACGUCAACGACAACCCGCCGCGCUUCGAGAGGUCGCACUACGAGGCUGAGCUGCUGGAGAACAGCCCCGCAGGGCACUCUGUCUUGCAGGUGAAAGCCAAUGACUCUGACAUGGGUCCCAAUGGAGAGUUGACAUACAGCCUGCACCAGGCCUCAGCUAUGGUGCAGAAGCUUCUCAACAUCGACAGGACAACAGGCAUCAUUUACGUCAAGGGCCUAGUGGACCGAGAGGAGGUGGGCGUCCUCAAGUUCUAUGUGGUGGCGAAAGACCAAGGCCCUCCGGUCAAGAGCUCCAAGGUCCAGGUGACCAUCACCAUCAAGGAUCAGAACGACAACGCACCCACCAUCACUAUCCGUGGAAUCGGGCUGGUGACCCAUGAGGACGGUGUGGCCAACAUUUCGGAGGACACGCCCGUCGGCACCCCUGUGGCGCUCGUGGAGGUGUCAGACCGAGAUGAGGGGGAGAACGCCAUCGUAACCUGCGUGGUAGCUGGAGAUGUGCCUUUCGAGCUGACUCGAACCAGUGAGUUAGCCAACAAGAGGAAGAGAAAGACCCGAACCAGAGAGUCAGCCAACAAGAAGAAGAGAAAGACCCAAACCAGAGCCAACAAGAAGAGAAAGACCCGAACCAGAGAGUCGGCCAAUGAGAAGAAGAAAAAGUACUUCCUUCAGACAACUACGCUGCUCGACUACGAGCGCAUCAAGGACUACAGGAUUGAGAUAGUGGGUAUCGACUCUGGCAACCCAGUUCUGUCAAGCACAAACUCACUGAAAGUCCAAGUCACAGACACUAACGACAAUGCUCCCAUUUUUUCCCCAUCUUUGUUUGAGGUUGAUUUCGCUGAAGAGAACCAACCUGGGGACAAAGUUCUGGAUGUAGUUGCAACUGAUGCAGACAGUGGCACCAAUGCUGAGCUCACGUACAGCAUAAUCAUGGACUCGUCCAUUAAGGGGCUUUUUGAGAUCAACGCCAACACCGGCGAGAUCCGUGUUCUGAACCAGCUCGACCGCGAGCACCAAGAACAGUAUGAGUUCCACGUGGCCGCUGCAGACAAAGGUGUCCCAAGUCAACGGGGGACAGCCACCGUCGUGGUCCGAGUUCUGGACCGCAACGACAACGACCCCAAAUUCAUGCUGAGCGGAUACAGCUUCUCCGUCCUUGAGAACAUGCCCCCGCUCAGUCCUGUCGGCAUGGUGACAGUUAUCGAUGCAGACAAGGGAGAGAAUGCCAAAGUGAGUCUGUCGGUGGAGCCAGACAACGGGAAGUUUGUCAUCCAGAACGGAACGGGAACGAUCUUGUCGAGCAUCUCCUUCGACCGGGAGAAGGAGAGCACCUACACCUUCCGGUUGAAGGUGGUUGACGGAGGCGACCCGCCUCGCUCUUCCUAUGUGGGCGUCACCAUUAACGUCCUGGACGAGAACGAUAACGCCCCCUACGUCACCAAGCCCGCCAACUCUACCUACAAGUUCCUCCCUCCACUCACGAGCCCCAAGACUCACGUGGAGAGGGUGGAGGCCGAGGACAUGGACACUGGGCCCAACGCGGAGCUCGUGUACAUCAUCAUUGGCGGCAAUCCACACGGCCUCUUCCGCAUCUCCCAGGGCGAGGGCGAGAUCACGCUGACCAAAGAGUUCACACGCAAGCACAACGGCCUUCAUCGGCUGGUGGUGCGCGUCAUGGACAAGGGCAAGCCUCCGCGCCACACCACCGCCCUAGUUCACAUCUUUGUGAACGAGACCAUCGGAAACGUCACCCUGGUGGAGUCCCUGGUGGGCCACAGCCUGUACACGCCGCUGGACACUGACAUCGCAGGCGACCACAAGGAUCUGCACCUCAAGCAGAGAAACAUCGUGUCCGGCAGCCUGGCGGGUCUGGCUAGGGUCAUCCUCAGCUGGUGGUGAUCAGACAUCUGCUCCAAAAGGACAAGACCGACAUGACUGAUGCAACACACAGCAACAGCUGUGCUAACACACCCACAUUAAUAAUCACACCCAAUCACAAUACAUGUACACACCCACGUUAAUAAUCACACCCAAUAACGAUACAUAUACACACCCACAUGAAUAAUCACACCCAAUCACAAUACAUGUACACACCCACAUUAAUAAUCACACCCAAUCACAAUACAUAUACACACCCACAUUAAUAAUCAUACCUAAUCAAAAUACAUGUACACACCCACAUUAAUAAUCACAUCAAUCAACUUAAUAAAGUCAAAAAGCAAUCAAUAAAGAAAACAAAAACAAAAACAGCAUUAUCACAUUUGCAACCUUAACAAAACAAAAACAUAACACAAUGAGAGCACAAAGUUAACACCCCCACUUGCUCUCACACUGUUAACGUACAGUAUGUACAUGACUGGAACCUACUGUAGUCAACACAGGUCACAGGAAACUUGACUAACCUGUGCUUUUGCACAUUCCCGCUGCCAGGGAAAUAGCUAAUGUAUGUUCGACAGCUUUUAUCAUAACCAAUAAAAACACCUUUUUCACAUCUUGGAUCCAGCUUUCUUUUAACCUUGUUUAUAAGCAAAACACUCUGAACCAAACCUUUGCAUCCUGGAUAGAUUGGGCUGUCUCCUUGUUAACAUCUGAUCUGGUGUCUGUUUGGUGCGCUUGUUAAAACACCUGUUCCUGGUUAU